UUGUCGGUGCAGUUGUCCCGUAGCCUUGUCAUCGUGCAAAAGUCUUAGCGAGUGGCGGUCCUGUACAUUCGGUUUCCAUCACUUUUAGAGUUCUAGUUCACCAACGGCUUGGAUCAAUCGCUGAGUCGCCACACGGGGAGCAGCCACAUUUCGUCGAUCGUGUCACUAGCGAAAUAAAAGCGACUUAAUAUCGUCAAAAUUUCACCAGUUAGCCAGUAACAUCUAUAUGAACCGGUGCGCCUGACGUUCGAGAAUUUUCUAUUUUUAGCUGGAGGGGAACUUCCGCACCAUCCACCAUUCCUAUCGCUUCUAAAUUUAUCGAGCAGACCUCAGCGCCGAUCCGAGUCUCACUCUUCACGAUAUUUUCACCACAAGAGAAACCGAAACGAAUCGUGAAUUUCUCAUUUUAAAAAACAAAACAAAAAAACUUAUUCGCAAAUCAAUAUGGGAAAUAGCACGAAGUCGAGUGCCGGAGGCGAUGGCGCCGAUGCGGACACAAAAAUACAUGGUGCCGUAAUCGGUGUUGGUGUAGGAUUGGCUGCCGGUUUCGCUGCCCCGUUGAUGGCCGGUGUGGCCUUGUCGGCCAUGGGAUUCACCAGCACAGGGAUCGCAUCCGGAUCGCUGGCUGCUUCGUGGGAGGUUUCCGGCGGGAGUCUUUUUUCUGCUCUCCAUUCUGUUGGCGUCUCGGGCAUCAGCGGAGCCAUGGCGGCCGGCCUUGGGGCCGUGUUCGGCACGGCCGCCGCCGUACUGACAACUUUCUUCGCUCAAAGGAAACCGGAACUCAACAAAAAGGCAGCUGGACAGGUCGAAGAGAAACCCGUGGUGGCCGCCAGUCGGGCCCAGUCGAUUGGCCACUGCCCGACCCCGUCUGCCAGCGUCAAAUCCGAUCAACCUGUCGGCCAGGUGAAGAAGGAAGACAAAAAACCGAUCGGCGACGAAACGGUUUCCGUCGCCAAAGUGGCCAGCAAUCUCGUCCAGCACAGUGAAGCCAUUGCCGAAGCUGAGAUCAUGAGCAUUGCUGAAUCGAAAAUCCCGCAUGAUGAGGCGGUGGUCCCCAUCCAGCCGGAAGUCCAUUUCGAAGCUGUGACGGCCAUUGAAGAUCAGAUUGAAAAUCAAAUCGUCGAAGCUGUCAAAGAAUUAGAAAAGUCGGUGCAAGUUGAAGAAGAAGAAGAAGAGGAAGAAGAAGAAGAAGUCGAAGAACUGUGCUAUCCAGUCAAACCGGCGACUUUCAGUGAACAAGUCUUGGCUGCUAGAGAAAUAAUCGAUGCAUCGCCGGUGGCGUCGCCAGUCCAACCGGAACAGACACCUGAAAGAGAAUUGGUGAAAGAAGAAGAAGAGGAAGAGGAAGAAGAGGAAGAAGAUGAAAUGGUUGUCGUGAAAGCUGUUUCAUCCACAGAAGCUGCCGCUCCAGUUAAGACGGAAGAGAUUCCCGUCAAGGAAGAUGUCGUCAAGAGUUCGACUGCUGUUAGCGCGGAAAUUGCCGCUCCAGUUAAAGAAGAAGAGACUCCCGUUCCAGUGGCCAAGGUAGAAACUAUCGUCAGCCCUUCACCUGUUGUGGAAGCCAGCGUAGAAGUUGCUGCUCCUGUUAAGAAAGAAGAGAUGCCCGUCUUAGUCAAGGAAGACGUGGUCAUCCAAAGCUCAGCUGUUCCGGAAGAAAUCAAAGAAGUUGCCACCAGCGCAGCCAUCACAGCUGCUAUUACUGAAGCAUCUAGCCCGACAGAGCAGCCAAAAAGUGUCGAGGUAGAAGAAGAAGAAGAGGAAGAAGAGGAAGAAGAAGAGAUGGUUAUUCUCCCAUCCGCAAUCGAAGUGGCUAAAACACAAGAGCCUGAGAAGAAAGUCGAAGUGACGGUGAGCGCAGCCGCUCCUGUCGUCACUCCCGCAAAGGAACCUGAAACUAAACAAGUAGAGGAAGAAGAAGAAGAAUACGAAGAUGAGGAGGAAGAAGAAGAAGUUAUCAUCAAAACGCCCGUAGUGGCGGCAGUCGUGGAAGCUCCGAUCAUCACCAAGAAACCUGAAACCAAGGCGGAAGAAGAAGAAGAAGAGGAAUACGAGGAAUACGAAGAAGAAGAAGAAGAAGAAGAGAAGCCAGUUGAGACGAAAAAGGAAACCAACAUUCAAGAGUCAACGAUCAAAGUGGCUGCGGAAGUAGCGGUGCCGGCCGUGACCGCUAACAAGGCAGCAGAGGAGAAACCCGCACCGAUGACCGAACCCGUCAAAAAUUAACAGCGAAAAUAAAAUCCCUUUUGUGAAACACAACUCCUCCCAUGAACUAAGUGUGAGAAAUGGAAGAGCCUGUUAGCUCGAUGAAAACCUUGACACGAUUGUGAUUGAACCAAGUGUAUGCCAGUCUAUGUAACUUCUAUCGUCAUUUACUAAUCCAUAAUUAAUGUAGCGCCACGACAAACUUUGAUUUUAACUAAUAUUUGAAAAAUUUUCUUAAAAACUAAAUCUUCGGUCUAUCAAAUGUCACUAAAGUGGUUUUUCAUAAAUUUUAUUUUUAUCAGGAAUAAUUUUCUUUUGAAAUGUAGUCCGGGUCGGAAUCGACGCCUUAAUGAAAAAUCACAUCGGGGUAAAACAAAACAAAAUUUUAAUCUAAGAAAUCUUUAAAAAAUUUAUAACUUUUGUGGGAGCCGAUAGAAAACUGGAUUACAAUG